GCUCCGCUCGUGCGCCGCCGGAGCUUUUCCGGAGCAGACGCUUUCCGGCGUUGCGCGCUGAGCCUCAUGGAUUUGAACUGGCAGUUCUGGAGAAGCGAGGGCCAAACCUUUUUUCAAAGGUUUCUUCAUUGGGUAGAUAUUUUGGACGCUACGCUCCUGUUUAUACCUAAUAAGGAUAUCCCCUUAUCCAGAGCUCUUUUGCCAACUAGUAAAGAAAACAUCGCAGAGUCCUUACAGGACAAAAAGAUAAGAGAAGCCUGGAAGCUAAGUUUGGCCUCUGUACAUCCUUGCACUGGCGAAACAAUUCCUCUCUUAUUUAGGCCUCCAGCUUUCCUGCCUAUUUAUGCUCCACUGGUCAUCGUUACUUUAUUACCACACAGAAAAGCAGCGUCAGCUUUUAUUUGCCAGUUCCUUUUCCAUUCCUAUAUCGCUGGAGUCACCUUGGCAAAUGGGAAUCCUCCGAAACAAGUCGAGAAGAAAACUACAGAAAUGGUGUUUUCACAAAAGCAAUUACUUCUCUCCGUUGGGGCAAUCACAUAUGCCUCCUGCAUGGGGGCUCUUCCUGUCUACUUUGUAACUCGUUAUCAACUGAGUCCUUCCGGGCAGCGCGUCUUCAAGAACAUCAUACCUGGUCCACUUACAGCCCUCUUGUGUGCGCUGAAUGUGAUGGUAACUAGAAGCAGUGAGUAUGAGAACGGGAUUGAGGUCAUGGACAGCCAAGGCCAGGUCAUUGGAAUGUCUGUAAAAGCUGGAGAAAAGGCUGUGGAACAAACAGCGCUAACCCGAGGAGUAAUGUUUGGUACAGCAAUAUUCUUUCCAGAGGUUGCUCUGCAGCUCUUAAAGCGCACAAGCAGUUUACUUCGAAAUCCAUUGGUUUUGAAUCCGCUGAGAUCUCUUUUGAUAGUUGCAGUCCUUGGAGGAAUGAUACCCGUUUCGCUCAGUUGGAUGCCCCCGAUUGGCAAGAUAAAAACAAGUGACCUUGAACCUGAAAUAGCUGCUUCCACGGAAGAAACAGAAGUCUUCUACUACAAAGGACUUUAAUGUGGGCACUUUGUAAUGACCAGGACUGCUGUUCCUGGUAUAUUGAAGUUGCAUAUUCAAACUUACGGAAGUGGACAUUUUGGUAUAUUUCACCUAGGAAGCUGUUGGUUAUGUUGAAACAUAUGAAUCAACAUUUGAACAGACCCAUCUUCUGUACAUCUGCUUAAUGCAAAAUCUCUUCCUUUUGAUGCAAUCAUGUAUGAAAAGAACAAACUACAUUUUGUUGAGAAAACCCCUCCAACAUAUUACUAAUGCCCUUCAAUAGAGAAAAAGUUUAAUUGUAUGAAA